AUGGACUCAGACGACGACGACGGCCCCUCAGCGCCCUCAGGCAGCGGCGGCGGCGGCGCCUUCGGCGGCUUCAAGCCCCCUGCAGGCGCAGGCGCCGGCGUCGGCGGCUGCGCGUACGACUAUCCAGAGUACGACGCGGCCACGCCCUCACCCGCGGUCGCGCGCAAGAAGGUCGCCAAGCUCGCAGCCUCCUCGCCGGUGCCCGCCCCACCUGCGGCGCUGGCCGGCGGCGGCAGGCGCGGCGGCGGUGGCGGUGGCGGGGGCGCCAAGGCGGGCGCCAAGAAGGGGGCCGCUGCGGGGGGCGCCAAGAAGGCGGCGGCGGCGGCGGUCGAGGACGAUGACGUCAUAUUGGUCGACGACAGCCCGGUGGGCGCGGCGAUCCCGGCAGUGGCGGCGGCGGCCGGCGGCGGGCGCGCGGCGGCGGGGCGCGCGCGGCGGGCGCCGGUGAAGAGCUAUGUGGAGAGCGAAGAGGGGAGCGGGGACGAUGAUGAUGAUGAUGAUGACGAGUAUGAUGGGGGCUCGGACUUUGGCUCGGACUGA